ACGGCAAUUUGAACAGGCUGUUCACUGCGCUCACGGUAAUCACGGCGCUCGCAUUCCCUGCGACAUUGUUCAGCACCUACUUCGCAAUGACCUUUAUUGACCCGGACACGGGGGAGAGCGCCGUGUGCUUCGUCACAAUGCAGCGCGGAAUUGUCGUGUAUUGGGGUUUGACUCUCUUCGCCCCCGUGUCCAUGCUCCUGUAUAUUCAGCAUAAACCGAAAGGGAACACCCGGCAGGAUUUACUCUUAAGCCCGGAGAUAAUCUACCUACAACUAAUGCAGCAUCUUCUUGAUGAUUUAUUUUUAUUCCACCUUCCUUCCUCCCAUAAUAUGUAGUUCUUGUUGAUUUCUUGAAAAAAAAUUUCAAUAAUGUCUUCUCCCGGAUUGCAGCAGCGAUUGUGGAUUAGUAGAGUAGUCAACUUCAAGCCUUACACACAUUCCAGCAGCCGACCAAAGCCAAUGCCUUGGUCCAAGACUAAGUAUAUUUAUGAGGACAACUCUGGGCGCUUCUGCUUCCCUGAUUGUCUCUCUUCACCAGGAGUUGGACACAUCUUGUAGCAGCAAUUGAAUCGAUGUCAAAGCGUAUCAAUAUCUCACGCUUCUAAUACGUGAAGACGAAGUGAGAGCGAUGGGAAAGGGCUCGCACCAAAGACCCUGCGAGUGCAGCCGAUUGCUCGUAUCGAGGAGCCGCGCAUGGUGGAGGUAAUGGAUGAGAACGCACACAAUGGAUUUGAUGGAUGAGAACGCGCACGAUGGAUCUAUUGAUGGAUAGGGCGGACUGCUUUAUUGUCAUGAUGUGCACGACUAAGUAGAACUACAAUCCUAGACUUACUAUUUAUCACGAUGUUGAUCAACAUAUACAAAGAUAAAUGCUCUUAUUUUGUUAUAAGUACUUUGUUUCUUGCAUGGGGCUCCGAACUACGAUAGUUUUUUACUUUGGUUUCCUUGCUAGACUGACAACUACUUGUUCGAUGCAUGCUUAUUUUCUAUUUUUUGAGACUCCUAAUCGUCCUACAUCAAACCGGACAACUCGGCUAAUUCUUAUAUUUUCCGGGAGGGUCCAGGGUGGUCUAUAAUCUUUGUAGAGUUUGGCUUUCUAAACACAACUUUACGAAGAGAGUCACAGCAGACACAGACUCUUACCGAGUCGUCGAAGGUGCGUCUCUGGUGAUAAUGCGCACGGAUCAUCAUGAAAGCACGAACUAAAGAAGGUCAACAUGCAAAACAUGCAGGGAAAAAGCGGAGCAUCCUAGCUCUUCUAGACCAACAUUUAAGUUUUAAAAAUGCAACACUACGCUUGCGAAGAUGGACACAGGAGCUCAGAGUCUGGGGUGCUCAUUUUCAUCAAGAGGAGGAGGAGGACGAAGGUUACUCAUCUGAUUCGUGAUGAGGAGGAGGAGGAGGACGACGAAACGCUCAUCUUGGUCAAUCUAACAGCGAGCUAUGUUGGUGUAGGUUUAGAAAAAGCUGUUUGAUUUUCAUACAUAUUUAUUCCCUGCUUGUUCUU